UUUUCAGAUGCAAAAUCGCCUUUUGAUAUUCUCACUGCUAUUCAUCGGCUCAGUUCUCACUCAAGAUGAGAUUCAGGAUAAUUUUGUGGAAUUUAAUGAAAUCGGGCCAGGCGCUGGGAUUAGUUCGACCUCUAAGCCACCACCGGACCCAUUUGCGGAUAUGAUGAAUGAGCAAAGUUUGGAUGAGAAGCUCGAUGAGUUGGAUGUAGAGUCACAGGAGAUUGUGAUUGACUAUGUGAGACAUGGAAGGAAGUUUUAUGGAGAUCUACGUAGACGUUUAAUCCUCUACGUGAUGAAGUUCUCACCGGUACAAGCGAUGGUUAAGGAGUCUGGCAGUGGAUCUCAAAUUCAGAAGAUCGAAAAAAUCAAGUACCGCUUUCGAUCUGGGCUCCGGAUUAAGUACUCGGCGUUGAAAUCGCGAAUCGACCGGCUCGUCGCCCACUUGCUUGCCCCGAUCUUCGCCCCAUUCAUGCUUCUCCAACCUGAAGAGAUUCGCCCUCUCUUCGCCGCCCAACAACCCCAACAAAAAGAGCCCGUGACAGUGCCGCCACAAGAGAUCACUCAGCCACAGAGCAGCUUUACAGCUCUCGAAAUAUUCCCCUCAUAUCUGCCACAGGACAAAUGGCCCCAGUUCGAUCAGAGAUGGAUGAAUCCACAGCCGACUCAGUUCUCAGUUCCUUCGUUUACUCCGUUUUACCAGCCUUUCCAGUAUUAUCGCUCUUAUUAAUUGAUUUUGUUUUUUAAAAAUGAAUAAAAAAGUCUCAAAUUUGACGAAAA